AUGAUAAAAAAUAUCCUUCUUUUAGACUCCGAGGGAAAGCGUGUUGCAGUCAAGUAUUUUUCAGAUGACUGGCCAACAAACAGUUCAAAACUAGCUUUUGAGAAGUUUGUGUUCACCAAGACUAUUAAGACAAAUGCUCGCACAGAAGCUGAGAUAACAUUACUUGAGAACAAUAUCAUUAUUUACAAAUUUGCACAAGACCUGCAUUUCUUUGUCACCGGCAGCGAUGACGAAAAUGAGAUUGUUUUAGCUUCAGUUCUUCAAGGAUUCUUUGAUGCAAUCACCCUUCUGUUGAGGAAUAAUGUUGACAAAAGAGAGGCACUUGAGAAUUUGGAUCUCAUUCUGUUAUGCCUUGAUGAGAUUGUUGAUGGAGGGAUGAUACUCGAAACAAAUGGACCACUUAUUGCUGAAAAAGUAACCUCGCACACCAUAGAUUCCGACUCCGCCUUGUCUGAGCAGACACUAACUCAAGCAUGGGCUACAGCUAGAGAACAUUUGACAAGAACCCUUUUAAAAUGAUGUUUUAACUUUGAAUGGAGUGAAAAGAGUUUUGUUAUAUUUGAGGGACUUUUCUAUCUAGACAAUUAGUUUUAUGCACUCAUUUGUUGAGUUGGUAUGGCGAGGAACAUCAUAUGAUAAAA